AUGUCCAACCAAGCUAUCGCCGUCCAAAAGCGCGCUCUACUUAUCGGAUGUCCCACCGGGAGUCUCACUGGUGUUGAAAAUGAUUUGGAUAGAAUGGAAACCAUCUUGGGCAGGUAUGGGUUCGCAACGACAAAGGCCCAGAUAAUUACCGCCUGGGGAGACAUCGUUGAGAAAACCUCUCAAGGGGAUGCCCUGGUCAUUUAUUACUCUGGCCACGGAGGCAUGGCCGAAAGACAGGCAGAUGCAAAUUCCAAGAGAGGCCGCCAACGUUUGCUGUACCUCGUCCCAAUGGACUUCGAAAAUUCGAAAGAGGAUGACUGGAGGGGAAUUUCGGAUAUAGAGCUAUCGAAGCUGCUCCACAAGGCGACCGACAAGACAGACAAUGUGACCCUUAUAUUGGACUGCUGCCACUCAGCCCGUAUGGCAAGGGCGCCAGGGAUAGUCAAGUCCAUCGAUCCCCACGAUUAUCGUGAGAUCCUCGAGCACAUUACGAAAAUGAUGGCCGAGGGUCAAUUCGGCGACGUGGAUUUCCACAUUGAAAGGAACCCAAAACCCAUCUGCGUGGUCGCAGCCGCUGAGACUGAUAGUGCCUAUGAAAGGAGCUUCCCAGUCUCUACUAAAAUUAUCCGGAUGAGUGUUCUGGUAGAAGCUCUCGACAAAGCCCUUCCAGGAGAGAAUGAGCAGAACCCUAGGGCCUCAUGGAGAAGCAUCAUGCUUCGAAUCAAAGAUCGUUUGAGAAUUAAUUGCCCAUCUCAAUCUCCCCAAAUUGAAGGCGACGACCUGCGAUUUGCAUUCAGCCUAGACAAAGCUGACCCGCAUGGCGCCAUACCUAUCUCAUUGGAUAAUGGGAAGCUGGUGCUACAUGGUGGACAUCUUCAUGGGUUGAAAAAGGAUGACGUGUAUGUCGUGGUGCCAUUCGAUGACGAACGAUUGGAUCCGAAUAGGCAAAUUGCAGAGGUUAUUGUCGACCGGGUUGGACCUACAGAGUCACAUGGUUCCUUCACGGGCAACCCACCACCCCCCUUUGAUGAUGGGGUGAAAGCAUUUCCUAAGGGCAAUAGUCUAGCAGAAAUGGCGGUCGAAUUGCGUUGUUCGGAUGAAUUUGCCGAUCAGAUUCGAUCUUCUCUCAAGGACUCCAAAUUCCUCCGCGUUCCCGACACGGAUGAUGACCUUAUCUUGGCCACUAUAGAAGUAAACAGCUCUAAAUUAUCAGUCCACAGCCAUGAGGGUUAUGGCGGCGAAGAAGAAAAGGCCACAGUCUUGCUAGCGGAGUGGCAACUCGGCGAAGGGGAAAGCAUGAAUGUUUUGAUUGACAAAAGCGUGGCGAUAUUAGAGUCCCUGGCUCGCUCUCGGCACCUAUUGUCACUGCAAGAAAUUACAAAAGAAAUUACACAAGAAAAUACACAAGAAAAUACACCAAAGAAAUCUCUUUCAAGAAAAGUUGAUAUUGAAAUGGGUAUAGUCAUUGACGGUCAACCCCUACCAUACUCUCCGGGAACUGUGACCGUACAGGAAGGAGAAAAUCUGUAUGUCAAGAUUCGCAAUACCGGCGAUUCAAAAUUAUGGGUUUCUAUAUUCGACAUCUGCGCUGAAUCUGUCAUAUUGCUUUCAGACGGAAGCCCUACAGGUUAUGAGAUCAGUCAAGGCGAGGUUUAUACAUUUGGCGACGAAGACUUUUGCGACGGCGGAUUGAUUGGGACUGAGAUGAAGUGGCCAGAGUGGGUGCCGAAAGCGAGACAGAUACGUGAAACCUUCGUAAUCGUGGUCACAGAUGGCCCCAUCGACCUUCGCGGCCUCACAACCAGCUCGAAUACUCCUCGAGGCACCAAUGAUAUCUCGGCCUUGAUUGAGUUAAUGGAUGGUCUUGGUUCUGGGGGCGGUCGACCCGCUGCACCCGAGAGUCAGCGACGCGGGCAAUUUCGAAGAUACGGGAUCCACCGAUUGUUCCUCCAGUUGCAGGCAAAAGCCUUUUCUGUAUGA